CGUUCUGCAAUCGGUAUAUUUCCGUUCCACUUUCAAGUACCAAGCGUUACUAUAGCGACGGUGCCAACUGUCCGGGUCCACUAGUCAGGUCGAAGUCCGGUUAUAGCUCCUGAGUGACUCUCCACAGACGGCUGUUCGGAUGCAAACUCUAAAUGGUCUGAAACCGCUAGGUUUUGCCGUGAGCAGCCCCAAGCUUCGCUGCCCGUAUGUCCAGCGCCUAUGCCACCGUACAGCUGCGAGCAGCAUCAGCUCCCCAGAGGCCUCCGGAGCGGGAGCAGGCGCUGGAGCUACUACAGCAGUUGUACAUUUACCGCAGGCACCCGUCCCGAUCAGCGAAAGCGAACCCCACAGUGAAACGGGUAUCCCCGCACAGGCUCCAGUGGCCGUUACCUCAGAGCAGCCAGUCACACUUCUAGGACGCGUCAAGCGCUUCCUCGCCGGCUCAAAGCUCGACAAGGCGCGCCUCGCGGCCCUGGGGUUUGGUGCCUUCAGUGCAUAUGGUGUCAUUAGCAACAUAAAUGCAGGCAUCCUAAUCACCAUCGCCUGGCU